AUGACUUCGUCUCCAUCUCCAUUCUCUAAUACAAGUAAACUUCAAGUUUUACCAACACCAACAACAUUAUUAUUUACUCAAUCUGUUAAUAAUAAUUUAACUAUAAAUAAUAUUGGAAAUACAACACAAAAUAUUCGACAUACAAAUACACAAAAUGGAACAUUUAUUCAACAACACCAACAAUCAAUAUCUAGUGGAACAAUAACAACACCUACAAGUAUUGUUCGUCUUAAUACACCAAUAUCAACACAAAAUCAAUUUGCACCACAAACUCUUUGGACAAAUAAUACAACACAAUCAUCACCAAAACUUCAAUAUGCAUCAACUCUUCAAAGAGAACCUUCUUCUCCAAUUAUUCAACAACAAUCAUCAAUUUUACCAACGAAAAUAGUUGCACAACCGGUUGUUCGUCAAACAGUAACAGCACAACAAACACCAAAAUUUACUGAUGCACAAAUAAAUGAUUUUGUUGCUAAAUGUCGAACAUUUUUAACAACAUUACUUAAACUUGCUGAAAAACAAGCACCUGAAAAAUUACCUAUGGUUCGAUCAUGUAUACAAGAUCUUUUAGAUGGAACUAUUGAUCCAGAAUCAUUUACUCAACGAUUACAUACACUUUAUAAAUCACAACCACAUACAUCACUUGUGCCAUUUUUUAAAUUAGCAUUACCACAUAUGCGUCAAAUUGUUAAAAAUACAUUUGGUCGACCAAUAACAAUUGAAUUAUUAGAAAAAUUAAAUUUACCAUCAAGUAAAGGUAAUGUUAUUAAUAAUACUUCAACAACAGUAACAACACCAGUAGCAACACCAACAACAUCUCGAGUUGUUGUAAAUCCAUCUUUAUUAAGUCAACAAUCGACAUCAGGUGUUCAACAACCAUUAUUAUAUACAACAGUACAACCACAACAAAAAAUAAAUCUUUUACAACAAACUUCUCAACCAACAUUAAUCAGUUCAACAGCAUCAUUACUUGGACAGCAGCAACAACAACAACAACAAGCUCGAGCUCAAAUUAGUAUACGCCCAAUUGUUGCAGCUGUUUCUCCAUCAUCGAAUACAAAUCUUUUAACGGGACAACAACAACAAAUUCAACCAGUUUCACAAACAAUUAUUCAACCAACUGAUUCAUUUUUACAACGAACUUUUUUAUCACCAUCAACAGCAACAACUACACUUCAUCAACCACAAAUUAUAACUGUUAAUCAUCAACCAAUUAGAACAGAUAUUGUUACAAGUCAACCAACAUCAUUAAUUAAUACUUCAUCACUUCAACAACAACCACAAAUUCAAAUUCAACAGAGGACUAUACUUAAAAAUGAAGACGAAUCAUUGGAUGAUAAAGUCGGAAAUAAUGGUUUGUUGACAGUAACAUCCGGAACUGUUGAUGAUCGUCACACACGUCAUAUUGCUCAUGAUGAUAGAUUAUUAUCUGCGCUUAUUUUACGUCGACGUUUCGAUCAUUUAGUUAAAAAAGAUAAACGAUGGGAAAGUAAUAAUAUAACAAUACAUGAUGAUUCUGUUCUUGCACUUAUUUCUCAUGCAACUGAAGAAAGACUUAAAUAUUUAAUUGAACAAAUUAAAUCAGUUUCACAACAACGAAUGAAUCUUUCUAUUCAGAGUCAAAGAACUAAUGAUUCUGAAGAAAUGCAACAAACUCAUAUGGACACAACAUUAAUCAAUGGAUCAGUACAAAAACGUAAAUUUGAAGAAACUGUAAAUGAAGAUCAACAAAUAACAAAACGAAUUUCUUCUAAUAAAUCAACAAAUAUAUUUAGUCUUAAUAAAAAAUUAAAAUUAAAAAAACGUAAAUGUCAAGCAAAUCUUCAAGAUUUAAUACUCAUUAUGGAAAAAGAUAAACACCUUAAAAGAUCAGCACUUGUAUUCAAAGCCCUUGAUAAAUCAUCUUAG